UAGGAUUGCCGUUUCGUGGUCAUGAUGAGAGCAUAUCAUCUACAAAUAGAGGUAUAUUUCUUGAACUUUUGCAAUGGUAUGGAGCCAUGAAUCAGGAAGUUGGAAGCAUUAUAUUACAAAAUGCUCCAAAAAAUGAAAUGAUGUGUUGUCCAAAAAUUCAAAAAGAUAUUGUUGAUGCUUGUGCAAAAGAAACAAUCAAAGCUAUUAUUGAAGACCUGGAUGGUGAUUAUUUCGGAAUACUGGUUGAUGAAUCGAAGGAUAUAUCACACAAGGAGCAAAUGGCACUUGUUCUACGAUAUGUUGACAAAAAAGGUGAAGUGAUAGAGCGAUUUGUUGGUAUUGUCCAUGUUAAUGAUACAUUUGCACGAUCAAUGAAGGAAACAAUCUAUUCUUUUCUUUCGGAUCACUCAUUAAGUCCAUCCCAAAUACGUGGACAAGGUUAUGAUGGUGCUAGUAACAUGCAAGGAGAACUAAAUGGUCUUAAAAGUUUAAUUUUGCGUGAUACUCCAUCUGCAUAUUCCACCCAUUGUUUUGCUCACCAAUUGCAGUUGACACGUGUGGCUCUUGCGAAGAAAAAUAUAGAUGUGGAUGAUUUUUUUUGUAUAGUUACUAAUGUAUUGAAUAUUGUUGGAGCAUCUUAUAAGCGCAGGGAUUUGCUCAGACAACAUCAAGCUGCAAAGUUAGAAGAGUUGCUCAUUUCUGGUGAAGUGCACACAGGACGGGGACUAAAUCAAGAAUGUGGGCUUCAACGACCAGAAGAUGGAUCAAGAUAUUGUCAAUGCUAUGGGGCUGCUCAAUACUGCAAAGCAAGAAUUGCAAAUGAUGAGGGAUAGGGGAUGGAAAUCAUUACUCGAUGAUGCCUUUUCUUUUUGUAAUAACCAUGAGAUAUUUAUUCCGAAGAUGAAUGCUAACUACAUUCCUGGGAAGUCGAAACGUAGAGCUCUUGAUGUUACAUAUUCUCAUCAUUUUCGUGUUGGAAUUUUUUAUCCUGUUAUUGAUUUGCUGCUUCAGGAGCUUAAUAAUCGUUUCGACACUGUUAGUACUGAUUUACUUCUUGGUAUGGCUUGUUUACAUCCAGCUAAGUCAUUUGGUAAUUUUGAUAAGAAAAAGGUAAUGAGGUUGGCUGAAUAUUAUCCGAAUGAGUUUGAUAGCAACAAGCUUCGAGAUCUCAGUUGCCAACUUGAUAAUUUCAUAGUGUAUGUUCGAGGUUCUGAUAAGAGAUUUUUCAAUAAGAAGGGUAUUACUGAUCUUGCUAAAGUACUGGUUCAAUCAGAAUUGCAUCAGACCUGGCCACUUGUUUAUUUGCUUAUCAAGUUGACUCUUAUUCUUCCAGUUGCUACUGCUUCUGUGGAACGAGCUUUCUCAUCGAUGAAGUAUAUCAAAAAUGAACUCCGCAGCAGUAUGAGUGAUGAAUUUUUAAAUGGUUGUUUAGUCUGCUAUGUAGAGCGUGGGAUAUUUGCAACUAUAAGUAAUGAUGCUAUUAUUCAUCAUUUUCAGAAAAUGAAAAGUCGUCGAGCGCAGUUGUGAUUUGUGACUGCAGGUCUUUUUUUUGGAUCAUACUUGAGACUAAGUCUUUUUUUUUUUGGGAUCGGACUUGUGACUUCUGACUAGAAGUCUUUUUUUUUAUCAGACUUGAGACUAAGUCUUUUUUUUUUGGAUCGGACUUGUGACUACUGACUAGAAGUCUUUCUUUUGUAUGAAACUUGUGAUUAAAAGCCUCUUUUGGUAAUGAUAAUAUUAGUUGCAGUUUUCUUUUAGUGUUGCAUUCAAAUAGUUGUGCAUUUAUAUUAUGUCAUCGUUAGCAACUCAUGUUAAAGAAAAUGAGGCACCCACGACCCUGAAAUCCUGGG